AUGACCUCAGAAGACCCAAUUGACGUCGUAAUCAUCGGCGCAGGAUGGAGCGGUCUCUCCGCCCUCAAAACCUACCACGAAGUCCACCCCAACGCGCGCAUCCAGCUCCUAGAAGCCGCAUCCUCGAUCGGCGGCGUCUGGGCAAAACAUCGUCUCUAUGCGGGUCUCAAAUCGAAUAAUAUGCGCGGGACGUACGAGUUUAGCGAUUUCCCCAUGGAUGAGGAGACCUUCGGGGUGAAGGAUGGGGAACAUAUACCGGGUGCUGUGGUGCAGAGAUAUAUGGAGGCGUUUGUGGAGAGGUUUAACCUCUGGGGGAUGGUUAGGUUGGGGGUUAAGGUUGAGAGUGUGCGUGCGGAUGAGGAGAAUGGGAAUGGGGAUGGGUGGGUUUUGGAGACUGCGGCGGUUGAGUCUGAUACUGCCACUGCAAGUACUGCGAAUGCGACGGAGGAAGAUGAAGCCAACCCGCAAGGCAAACAGACGAUAUACGCGCGCAAACUCAUCGUCUGCACGGGCAUCACCUCGCAACCCUACCUGCCCACCUACGCCGGCCAGGACACCUACGCCGCGCCGCUCCUCCACUGUCGCGACCUCCCGCUCCACCAAGACCAGAUCUUCCACCCCAACUCGCGCGUCACCGUCUUCGGCGGCACGAAAUCCGCCUGGGACGCCGUGUAUGCGGCCGCGACGGCCGGCGCGCGCGUGGACUGGAUCAUCCGCGAGAACGGGCACGGGCCGGUCUGGAUGGCGCCGCCGUACGUGACGCCGUUGAAGAAAUGGCUCGAGAAGCUAGUGACGACGCGGCUGUUGACCUGGUUCAGUCCGUGUAUCUGGGGCCCCGCGAACACGGGGAUCCGUCGCCUCCUGCACGGCACCUGGCUAGGUCGGAAGAUCGUCGACGCGUUCUGGUUCAUCCUCGGCGACGACGUGGUCAAGUUGAAUCGCUACGACGCACACCCAGAGACAAGGAAGCUCAAGCCCUGGGUGAGUCCGUUCUGGGUAGCCUCGGGGCUGAGUAUCUUGAACUAUCCGACGAAUUUCUUCGACCUGGUCACUAGCGGCCGCGUGCAUGUGCACGUGAACCAGAUCAGCCAUCUAUCAGACCACGCGGUGCAUCUGAUCCAUCCCUCAGAUCAUGCCGAUGGAAGAAGCAAAAACAGCGGCAGCGACGACCCCCUCGUCCUCCCCUCCGACGCCCUAAUCAGCUGCACCGGCUGGCAAGCAACCCCCAACCUCACCUUCCAGGCCUCCGCGUCCCUGCCCACCCCAGACCUAUCCAUGGGGUUCCCCUGGUCCGACGACCCUCUCCCCAAACCCAUGGUCCUAGCCGCCAACACCGAAAUCCUCACCCGCUUCCCCCGCCUCAUCGACCAGCCCUCUCUCCCCUCAUCCUACACGCCCCUAGCACCAGGCGCACCCGCCACAGCACGCCACCCAUUCCGCCUCUACCGCUUCAUGGUCCCCCCAGCGCUCGCAGCAUCCCGCUCGAUCGCCUUCAUGGGCCUCACCAUGACGAUCAACACGACAAUGAUCGCGCAGGCCCAGGCCCUCUGGAUCGCCGCAUACUUCAGCAGCGACAUGCUCUCGCUCUCACCGCGCGAGCGAUGCCCGGAGUCUCUGCGCGCGGAGCUCCACGAAAAAGGCACCGUGGACGACGCGACAGACGUGGACCUGCUCUGGGAGACGGCGCUGCAUAGCCAGUUCGGGGUGCAUCGGUAUCCCGGGGGAUUUGGGAAACGGAACCCGGAUUUCGUGUUCGAUGCGUUGCCGUAUGUGGAUCUCUUGCUGGGGGAUCUCGGGUUGGAUAUUGGGAGGAAGAAGGGCGGGUUGAAGUGGUUGGAGCCGUAUGGGAUGGAGGAUUAUCGGGGGUUAGUGGGGGAGUUUCUUGCUGGGAGACGGUCAUCAGGAGUGUAG